UUCAAGCGCCAUUCGUGUGAGUUCGUCGUUUCCGUUCGACGGACUUAGUGCGACGUGUACGGGUGUGUGCGAAAGUAUGAAGUGAAAUCGUACCUUAAAGUGUGUGAAAUGUUUAGUGCUAGUUUUACUGUGCUUUGAAUUCAAAAUGAGUGCGAAUGGAUAAUCUUUUUUCCAUCUUUCGAUCAACAAAACUGUACGCUCGCAGUACACGUAACAUUCAUAUGAACUGUUUCAAAAUGGCUGUGUUUUGAAGGACCCUUUGUCCGCUUUCGUGUGCUUCUCCAGCAUGAUAGUGGGAUCAUACAGACAAAGAAUUAUCUCUGAAAGGUGAGGAAACUAUCUGACUGCAAUUUAAAGUGAAAAAAUUGUGUGGAAAAUUACUGGUUCUCACGGAAUCGCGGCGUCGUUUAUUGCUUUCUACUGAGCGAUAUCAACCGCUCACUGGCUACGUCAGGGAAUGCAUGUCAUGUACCCGGAGCAGUCACAGCAUUGCAACGGUCAGGCACACAGCGCGCAGUCAGUGUACACGCCAGCGCCGGCAGUGUCGCCGGCCCGCCAGCCAGCUAAGAAGCGCCGCGUGCUAAGCCCAGCCGGCCCGCUCGCUAGCCACGCGCUACCGGACGAUUCGCUGUUUAAGGAAAAGUGGUGGAGCGAGGUCGGUGGUCGGUGGCCGCCGGGCGUGCCGAGCCGCGCGUGCGAUGCCCAGCGGCGCUCGCCCGUGCCGCCCGCCCAGCCCGCACCGCCAGCGCACUGCAGCACGCGCUGUUGCGAUAACACUGUGGGAGAUAGCAGAAGCAGGCGCGAGGCGGUGGCGGCCAGUGGCGUGGGCGCGGUCGCGGCCGGCACGGGCACUGUCACGGGCGCGGGCACUAUCACGGUCACGGGCGCGCGGCACAAGGGCGGCACGCACGGCGGCACGACGACGGCGCACAGCAAGCAACUCGCGGCGGGCGGGGCCAACCACCCGGCCCAGCCGCAAGGUAACAAACGCUCCGGCUGCGGCGGCGAUGGGGACUACCAGCUGGUGCAGCACGAGGUGCUCUACUCCUCGUCCAAUCGGUACGAGGUGUUGGAGUUCCUCGGUCGCGGUACGUUUGGUCAGGUGGUGAAGUGCUGGAAGAAGGGCACCAACGAGAUAGUCGCCAUCAAGAUCCUGAAGAACCACCCCAGCUAUGCCAGGCAGGGGCAGAUUGAGGUGUCGAUCCUCUCGCGGCUGUCGCAAGAGUCGGCCGACGAGUUUAACUUCGUGCGCGCGUACGAGUGCUUCCAGCACCGCUCGCACACGUGCCUCGUGUUCGAGAUGCUCGAGCAGAAUCUGUACGACUUCCUCAAGCAGAACAAGUUCUCCCCACUGCCGCUCAAGUACAUCAGGCCGAUACUGCAGCAAGUGCUCACCGCGCUGCUUAAGCUUAAACAACUGGGUCUAAUCCACGCGGACCUGAAGCCCGAGAACAUAAUGUUGGUGGAGCCGGCGCGGCAGCCCUAUCGCGUCAAAGUCAUCGACUUUGGCAGUGCCAGCCACGUCAGCAAGGCCGUCUGCAACACUUACCUGCAGAGCAGAUACUAUAGAGCGCCGGAGAUAAUCCUCGGGCUGGCGUUCUGCGAGGCGAUCGACAUGUGGUCGCUGGGCUGCGUGGUCGCCGAGCUGUUCCUGGGAUGGCCGCUGUACCCGGGCUCCUCGGAGUACGACCAGAUACGGUACAUCUCGCAGACGCAGGGCCUGCCCACUGAGCAUAUGCUCAACAGCGCAUCAAAAACGGCCAAGUUCUUCUACCGCGACGUGGACAGCACGUACCCAUUCUGGCGGCUGAAGACGCCCGAGGAGCACGAGCUGGAGACCGGCAUCAAGAGCAAGGAGGCGAGGAAGUACAUAUUCAACUGCCUCGACGACAUCGGACAGGUGAACGUUCCAACGGAUCUGGAGGGCGGCCAACUGUUGGCCGAGAAAGCGGACAGAAGGGAAUUCAUUGACUUACUCAAGAGGAUGCUCACUAUGGACCAAGAGCGUCGUAUAACCCCGGGCGAAGCUCUAAACCACGCGUUCGUGACGCUCGCACACCUCGUGGACUACGCGCACUGCAACAACGUCAAGGCGUCCGUGCAGAUGAUGGAGGUGUGCCGCCGGUCGGGGAGUGGGGUGGGUGGCGUGGGCGUGGGCGGUGUGGGCGUGGGCGUGGGCGGCGGCGAGUACGUGGGCGGCGUGGUGGCGCCCGCGCCCUCCACGGCCCAUCACCUGGCGCUCACUAUCAACCAGCAGCGGCUGAGGGCGGCGCCCUAUGAUAACUUGUAUCAGCUGUACGGUGCUGGGCGGGUGGCGGUGGGCGGGCGGCAGUACGCUACACGAGCUGAGCCCUUCCCGCAUCAGUUCGUCUCGUCUAUACUGUGCCAGCCAGCUUAUCAGGUGCAGCAGCUAGCGGCAGCAGCAGCAGCAGCAGCGGCCGCGCACCACCAGCACGGCGUGGCCGGCGUCACGGGCGUGGGCGGCGUGGGCGUGGGCGGGGUGGGCGUGGGGGACGUGGGCGAGUGGCGCGCGCCGCUCAUUGUCGAACCCGCGCCUUUGCCUGAGCCCGACGUGUGGGACCUGCACCACCAUCCGCACAAGAGAUCGACGAAGCAGCAGUCGAGCGUGGCGCACUACCAGCCGCACCUCCCGCCGCAACACUACAGUAUGGCGAGCAAUGGCGGCAAGAAGGAGCCGACUCAGCUGUCGCCGGUCAAGAAGCGGGUGAAGGAGGGCACGCCGCCCUCCAGGAGGCACCAGCAACAUGAUAAUGCCAUCCGCGCUAACGUCGCCAACGGCACGGCCAACGCGUGGGAGAGCGGCGCGUGCGCGGGCGGUGCGCACACCAUCACCAUCCGCGACACGCCAUCACCCGCAGUCUCCGUCAUCACCAUCAGCGACAGCGACGACGACGAGCGCCAGCCCCACCGGCCGCACGACAACAGAGGUAGCGGCGAGUGCCCGAACCAAGCGGGCGCGGGGGCGAGCGCGAACACGUCGAGCGCAGGCACGGGCACGGGCACGGGCAGCACGGGCACGGGCACGGGCAGCACGGGCACGGGCACGGGCACGGGCGGCGUGAUCUGCAGCGCGCGCGACGAGCGGCACGUGAAGCACGAGCCGCACGCGCAGCACGCGCCGCACCACCAGCCGUGCCACCACCACGCGCAGCACCACCAGCACCACCACCAACAACAACAACAGCAACAGCCGCAGCACCAACAACAACAACAGCAACAGCAGCAACAGCGGCAAGCGAGCGCCGCGCAAGCAACGCCGCAGAGCCAAAAGAAGCGGCUGCUUGCGCUCGCGCAGCAGGAGGCGGCGGCCAAGCACGAGCCGCACCACGAGACGCAUUACAAUAAUGGGGGCAACGUGCGUCAAACGAACGACUAUCAGUGUAACCAGUAUGUGCCCACUCAGCAUAACAAGAGAGAUAGCAGCGGCGGUUGUCGCGAUUACAUACCGGCGAGCGUGAGCGGCGUGAACCCGGUGAGCGGAGUGAGCGGCGUGAGCGCGGUGAGCGGCGUGAGCGGCGUGAGCGGAGUGAGCGGAGUGAACAGCAUGGCGGGCAACAUGGCCGUCAACCACAAGCACGCGUGGCAUCACCACCCGCACACGCACUACAAAAGUGGUAGUGGCGGUGUGCUGUCCCCGCCCGGGGGCGUGUCUCCGGGAUACCUACCGCCGCCUCUAUACGUGCCCACGUAUCACUAUCACACCGGCGGCGUAAGCGGCGUGAGCGGUGUUGGCGGCCCACCGCCCGCUCACCACGCGAGCGGGGCCCGCCUGCCCGGCUACCUGCAGCCCUACUCCCCCACCUACCUCGUGCACCAGCACCCGCACCAGCACCUGUGGUAUACGGACUGAGUGCAGCUGUAGUGGGAGUGGGGGUGGUGACCGAGAGCGGCUGAAGUGGAGUGGUGACCGUGAGCGGCUGAAGUGGAGUGGUGACCGUGAGCGGCUGAAGUGGAGUGGUGACCGU